AUGGAACAAGUCUCGAUCGGCGGCAGCAAAUACUUACUGCUUGUGGUUGACGAAGCUAGCGGUUGCAUGAAGGGCUUCUGUCUGCGGUCCAAGUCUGAGAGUGAAGACUGUAUCAAGAACCACAUCAUCAAGAUUCAAACACAGUUCGGCACGAAGAUCAAGUUUGUUCGGCACGAUGGAGCGCAUGAAUUUGCGACCAACUCGAUCAAGACCUUCUACGAAGAUCAUGGUAUCGAACAACAGAUCACGGUGCCGUAUGCACACCAGACCAACGGCACCGCAGAACGCGCGAUAAGGACCAUCGUCACGAUCGGACGCAGCUUGUUGCAUCAUGCAAAGCUGGAGAAGUGUUUCUGGGCUGAAGCGGCAAUGACGGCGAUCUACAUCAAGAACCUGAUGAACUUUAGACUUCUUGGUCCGAGUGCAAAACGCAAAGUGAAUAUAUAUUUAUAA